CCCGGAUUUUCGUUUCGCGGAUCCACCUCAACAGCGCCCCGAUUCACCACAACGUAUAGAUAGGUAGUUAAACUCGAGAUAUCUCGUAUCUCAAUUCUCAGCCCCAUCCCGCCCAUCUGGCAUCCAGUGGAUAUGCUCCUGCAACAGGGAGUACUGCCGCUGCUCGGAGAAGAACCCGAUCAGAUGGCCACUUCUCCAAUGUGCGGACACGCUCAUGAUGACGCCGAUUCAUCGGUCGCCCAUGUCAGACUGCAGAACCACUUCGGUUUAGAGUUUCCAGGCCGGAGGGUCACUUCCUAUCAAUCUUCCGGGAAUCCUAUCCUGUGUCACUCUAUGAUGGGUACUAGGGUUCUGCAGUCUACCGAAGGCCCGCCCCCCUUGGACCAGGUUCAACCCAGAUAUACAAUAUCUCGUGGUCAAGGGUCUCUCUCAACCGAUUGUCGAUUGUCUCAACGCGCGACUCAAAUGUUUCGUGGUGUCUCUUUCUCGUCUCAUAUCUUUUCUUGGCCCCUCUUACGUAACAACAUCGCCUCAUAUGGGUUCGAUUCAAUCAAUUCAAUCACAAUAACCAGUCCGACCCAUCAGCAUUAGGCAUGGCCGCUGGCCGCCCGGGCUGACACUCAAUGGACUAAACCAAACAAUGCUUAGCAUGGCCCGGUUGACUGCCCCGUCCGCUCGCCUUAGUUCUUACUGUAUGCGCCUAGCCCCGUAGUAAUGUGAUAUCUAUAGCAUCAAUUGGGUAGCGCGCUGAAGCGUCGAUGAAAGGCUCUUAGCGCAAGCUGGUUUGCUGGGUUGUUGUGGUUUGCUUUGCCAGG